AUGGACUUUUCGGGACGAAAAAUCGUAGUUACUGGAGCAGGAAAGGGGAUAGGACGAGGAAUUGCGCAGAAACUCGUUCAACUAGGAGCAUCCGUAUACGCUGUCUCACGAACACAGUCUGAUCUUGAUGGCCUCAAAGCAGAGUUAGGAGAGAGGCUGAUUCCGAUCCAAUGCGACGUCUCAAGCUGGAACGAUAUCGAUCAAAAACUCGGAGCACUAGAAGGGAUCGACGGACUCGUGAACAACGCUGCUGUGGCGAUUUGUCGACCAUUUUUGGAAGCAACCGAGGCAGAUUUCGAUACCCAAAUGAACAUCAAUGUAAAAGGUGCGAUGCACGUGGCUCAAGUAAUCGGCAAAGAUAUGGCGAAACGGCAAAGAGGGUCGAUUGUUAACAUUUCUUCACAAGCUUCCCAAGCUGCCCUAGCAGAUCACGUGGUCUAUGGAAUGACAAAAGCCUCCCUUGAUAUGCUCACGAAAAUCAUGGCGCUUGAGCUUGGUCCGCUCGGAAUAAGAACUAAUGCUGUCAAUCCGACGGUGGUUAUGACUGCGAUGGCGAAAGUAGGAUGGUCUGACCCAGCUAAGGCAGGUCCUAUGCUUGCCAAAAUUCCACUCGGCCGAUUUGCUGAGGUCGAAGACGUAGUAGGGCCGGUGCUAUAUCUUCUUUCAGACCUUUCUUCAAUGGUUAAUGGAACAACUCAUCCAAUCGAUGGAGGAUUUUUAGCUCACAUAGAGACUGAGUCUAUUUCUCGUUUCGUCACACUUUCUGAGCACAAUUACGAUUUUGAGGAUACAAAGAGAGACAUAGAGAGAGAAGAUAAGUGCAACAUGAAGCGAGUGAAACUUAUUUUUCUUGGGAUUAUCAUCAUCGAUAAAGGGAGCAAAAGAGCAAUAAAGCUCAUUCUCGCACUCGGCGGUUUUGGAAUUUCUGCAUAUUUAUACGCACAAGUCCCAGAUCCUCGAAAUGUGCUAUCAAUGGUGCCACUCUGUUUUAUGGGGUACGCUGUGUUCGUAACACUCCUCGGAGCAUUGGCAGGAAAAUGCCAGAGCCACUGGCUUCUGCUCUUCCAUCUUAUUUUCGGCUUUAUCGCCAUCAUUGGGUUCAGCGGAAGCACGGUUAUCAGCGGAAUGUGGCUUGGCAAUAAAACUAUAGUGCCGAUAUCAAGCUUGGACAAUUCUACACUGACUGCCUUCCGAGAAAUCUGUAACCUAGACAACCUUGGCACGGAUUUGGACAGGAUAGAAGCUAACAACGGCACCGAUACUGAAGAGCCAUUUCCAGGAAUCAACGUUGACCGCAGCACUGUGCUUGACUUUAUGGGGCUUUUCCGCCUUUGCGACGCCAGUGAAUUGGCAACAGAUAUUAUUCUCGGUCGAACUAGUGAAACAACCGCUUAUCUUGUCAACAUCAUCAUGGCUUUAUGCAUUUUUUCAGGGACCUGCUUCGUUUUUUAUUCAUUGACAUUUAUCACUGGAGUCUGCUUCAUGAAUGAAAUCAAAACAUAUGGCUGGUCGGCAUAG